AUGGCCCAGUGUGGGGAAUACAGCGUUGUGACUGAUGCUGACUGUGUGGACAGGGCCGUACCAGAGUUCUCUUCUGACUUCCCAGGAGACCCGGAACCCCAGACUCUGGACUACGUACCCCCCACCCCCCCCUCACCCCAAGGCGUCGUCCUGGAGACCAACUGCCCCUCUGAGGUGGAGGCGGAGGGUGAGUGCUGUGGUAGCUGCAUCCCUCCAGCUGCACCCGCGCUGCCUCCUCCACCCACAGUGGCACUGCCCUCUUUGGCCUGCGUGGAGUUCUGCCAGGAUGAUGACAUCAGCUUAACCACAGACAGGGAAAUGAUUGGCCAGGAUUCGAAUAUGGAGGACACUUCAUUGCAGAAUAAAGUGGACAGGAUACCUUUUCAGAUCUUCCCGGACCCAGUGGAGGUGGUCCUGGGGCCUGAGGGCUCUCUCCACUGCCUGCACUACGACCACGAGAAGGAGCGCCUGCCCUCCAUCGUGGUGGAUCCUGUCGACGUCAGCGAGGUGGAGAGCGGCGAGCUACGCUGGCCUCCGGUAGAAAUGGACUUUGAGGAGGACGAGGACCUGUUCCUGGAGCAGUGCAUCCCCCCGGCCAACAUUGCUGACUGGGGGGAGGAAGAGGAGGAAGAGGAGACCUCCAUUAUUUUCAACAACCAGCAAAACAUGUCCCUCAUAGAUCUUCAAUCCGAUGCAUAUACAGACGACACCCCUACUCUACCACCUGACAGUGCACCUGCAUUAGGCCACUAGGCCCCUCCUAGUAUCGAACCCCUGCUGUUAUCUUGUGGAAACUUUGCACCAGGAUACAAGAGAUCAAUGGGCAACAGAUCCCUGGACGUAAUGGACUAACAGAUGUUUGUGUAACACAUAAACCAGAUUGUAGCCAUGUGGAGUUGAAGAGUGGUGUUAGUAUUCUAUGCAAAGGAUAAUUGAUAUGUCUUACUUUAGCAUACAUAGAAAUAUCUGUCAAGUAUUUGUACAUAUUUAAUAGCACUGGUGUAAGUGCUUGGAAAAAAAGGAAAUUCUCAUAUUCACACAUGCACACAUUGUGUAAUUGUGAAAUAAUGUUAAAGCUCUGAGUGACGUUUGCAUUUACUCACUUUUACAAGCACAACAACUCAAUCUGAAACUGUUGCUCUGAUCUUGCUUACAUUCUAUUGAUUCUGUUGACUGAUUUAUGUCAAUUAUUAUCAUUCCUACACUGCAUCUACUGUCGGAAAUACAGCACAGACCUCAACUUUACAAAGAUUAGCUGGAAUAACUAUUAAUUUAAAGGGAUAUUUCAUCCACAGGUUAGCUAUUUAUAAUGUUACUAUGAUGUUUAGAAACAAAUGCUACCAACAGGUUUGCCCUGUAAUUUACUUGUGCAUAUGAGUGGCAAAUACAAAGCAUUGUUUUUGUUCCAAUCCAACAAU